AUUUUGGUAUGGAGUAUGCUACGAUACCAUUAAGAAAAUUAUUGAAUUGACUUGGAUUUGGUACUUAAAUUAUCAAUCUCCCGUAUUUCCAUUGGUAAAGGGCAAAGACAAGAAAAAGGGGAACCCUUUGGUCAUUUAUUGACCUUCAGAUUACCAACGACAAGCCCAAAUCUCUGGCUAACACUUAUACGGCAUCGCACAUCCCUUGUAUAGCGCAGCGCCGUCGUUAUUCCCAUCUCCUAUCUCUCCCCUCUGCAAUUUCUUCAGUACGGCACUCAGUCUCCCUCAAUGGAAUUGGAAGCUGUUGUUUGUUCCUGGGCAGCAAUGGCGACAACAUCGAAAUUGCCUAACCGACCAAGGAGUUCCAAUUUUCCCAUUUCUAAGCUUCCCAAUUCAGGUGAUGCGGUGUUGGACCUUGGAGCGUGCUCUCGAAAACAUGUUUGCUCCUUCGGACGGAAACGCCAUUCUCAGCCCCGUUUCAUUCAUGUAGCUCAACCGCUUUUCAUCGAUUAUAAUUUCAGGAGAAUGGCAUGGUCUAUUAGAAGCAAUGUGGAUGCCAGUGGAUUUGAUCCUUCUUCCAGCAAUAAUGGCAGGCCCAGAUUGAUUAGGGCUAUCCAAGCUAUUCGAAGUAAACUAGGUGUGAGAAUUCAGGAGCUGAGGAAAAAUCUUCCUAUGAAGAUAUUCUUUUUCUUGGUUGGAUUUUAUUGUGCAACUGCAUUUGCAACUGUUAUUGGGCAGACAGGUGACUGGGAUAUUCUAUCUGCAGCCUUGGCAGUCGUUGUUGUGGAGGGGAUAGGUGCCCUGAUGUAUAGGGCCUCUCUUCCUGUACUCAACAAUGUUAGGAGUCUGAUCACCAUGUUUAACUAUUGGAAAGCUGGGCUUUCCCUCGGCCUCUUCUUGGAUUCAUUUAAGUACGAAUUGGAUAAGGUUACUGGCUUUAGCAAUCCUUUGAGUUUCGAAAUAGAUGUGUUCCCUUUAUUCUUGUAGCAUGCUGCUGUUCCUGUAUGCUUUUAUGGUAUGUAUCAUGCAUUCAUCACGAGAAAGGUAUUGGCACAAGUGAGUCAGGACUUGAAUGCAUGGGUGGAUCCGAAAGCUCUGGUUGCCAAUGAUGGCCUUUGAUGGACAAUAAUGGUGGCACUAAGAAGAAAGCAAUCUAGUUGUAAAGUUCUUAAAGAGAAAAGAUGUUCAGUUCAUGUGGAGAAAAUUUAUUCUUAGCUGGGAAUUACAGGUACAUUUUCCUGGCCAUAGUUUUUCCAAUACUGCGGGGCGUCAUGAUCAUUUGGAUACAAGGUAGGCGAGAAGAUUUUUCAUGCUUCAGGUUUGCUCAAAUGUUAUAUCUGACUGCCUGCCUGGAACGAUAGAGACUUUCUUCAGAUAAAAAGAAGUAUAGCCUGACUUUUGGUAUAAAACUCGGGUUGAAGGUGUCUGGUUUGUCAUUUAGAAGCACUUCCCAUGGUUUCUAAAUAAGAAAAGUUCACUUUUCUUCUCAAUUGUAUAUAUCAGGUUAUUUGUUAUGGUCUACGAUAUUGGCCCUGCACGUUAGUUUGAACCCUUUCUGAAGUAAUUGUUGAGUCUACCAACUCUUCAAAAUUUUUCCAUUUUCUGGAAUGCAAAGUGCUAUGCCAUGGAUCAUUCUUUGUAUGUCACAGCCCAAACAGUUUUAUUCUGAUGUUUUAUGGAAUAAGGUUUGCCAUCUGGUUUUGGACAUUAUGAUAACUGAUAUGAUUGGUUUUUCUCGUUUGGGUGGAAAUGAUAACUGAUAGAAUUGCCCAAGCAAUGAAUCUUUUGCUCAACACAAAUUGAGAGGCAAGGCUCAGAACCUGCCGAAGUGCACAUAUCUACAGGAUUUGGACUGAGAGAAAUGGUAGAAUGUAGGGGAAGAGACAAAAGAACAAUGGAUGAGCUUGUCAACUACAUUAGAGAGACUAUCAGGCUGAUACUUGCAGGUGUCACGAGGAUCUCUUGAGACUCCGUCAAUAGGGACCUUUGCUUUGGUGAAAGGAUAUUUGGAAUGUAAUAUUUUCUCCUUUUUGUUCCUUUGAUUGCUGCAACAGUUGAUCUGCCUCCCUGACCCUGUCUUCUUCGGGUAAUACAAAAUUUUCGAUUAUAAAUAACAACUGAUUUGCUUUGAUUGUUUUCACUUAUGGAGUCUGCUCGGAUUGUUUUCGUUUAUGGAAUCUAGAUGGAUAGAAAUAAGAGAGUGAAAUAAGAAGCAAACUGGUAGUAUUGCAAUUAUCUUGCAAUCAAGGAUGGCUUCACAAAAUUCAGCAUUUAGUUGGUAAUUCUCUUAAGCGAUCUUUUUGUAAUAAUUGCAAUCUUGAUGAAUAAUUACAAUCUU